AGCAGCACUGUAUAUCAGUUUCAUUCACACUACUCUCAUUUUCUGUAUUUGCUCCAAUUUCUGCUACUCUCAAAAGAUAACACAAGCUCAAAAAUCAUGGCGGCUUAUGCGGCUCUCGUUUCUGUUAUGAAUGUCAUAGAUGCCCUUCAACGUCAUCCCCGCCCUCCAAUUUCUCUCCACAAUAAACAAGUUGAGUCUCUAACUCAAAAGCUUACUUUCCUGCAACAAUUUCUCGAAGGUUAUAACCCUCAUCUCGGCUACACCACAGAAACCGAUCCGUUGGAGAGUCGCAUUGCAGAUGCAGCUUAUGCGGCUGAAGAUGUCAUUGAAUCUCAUAUUGUGGAUCAAAUCAAUAAUGGUGGGAAAAAGAUGAGCUUCAUUGACUUGUAUCAAGCUCUACAUAAGGUGAUUGAAGAAAUGGCGUUGAUCGAAAAAGAGGCCAUGGAAGUCAAACAGACUCAAAAUCAGCUGCACACAGAGUCAACGCCUUCAGAUUCAGUGAGAUCUGCUUCAAUUUUCCAGAAGAAGAGUAGAAUGGUGGGUGCUGAUGAUGUCUUGCUUCAAAUGAAGGAUAUGCUCACUUCUGAUCGCCUUCAUCUACAAAUCAUUCCGAUUGUAGGGAUGGGCGGCUCAGGUAAGACUACUCUUGCUAUAAACAUUUAUCAAGACCCUCUUAUUAAGGAGCAUUUUCAUAUUUGUGCUUGGGUUACCAUCUCUCAAGAGUAUAGCUUUCGAGACAUGCUCAUAGAAGUUCUUAGCCAACUAACUGAGGAAGUUGAUAAACAUUUGAGUGAGGAUGUGUUAGGAGAAAUCUUGUAUAAACACCUGUUCGGUAGAAAAUACUUGAUUAUAAUGGAUGAUAUGUGGAGCAUCGAGGCAUGGGAAGGAGUUAAGAGUUUUUUACCAAAUAACAAAAAUGGUAGUAGAGUAGUGGUAACAACUAGACUAUCAAAUUUGGCUUCUACAUUACCCAACUCUAGUAGCCUUGAGAUGAAACUUUUGGAUGAGGAUGAUAGUUGGGACCUUCUCUCCAAAACUGUGUUUGGGGAAAAUGGUUGCCCACUUGAAUUGGAGAAAAUUGGGAAGAAAAUUGGAAAAGGUUGCAAAGGACUUCCAUUGUCAAUUGUUGUGGUUGGAGGACUUCUGGCCAAGUCCAAACAUACAAGAGAAUUUUGGGAAUCUAUAGAAGAAAACUUAAAUUCAAUAGUGAAUUUAGAGGAUGAUGAGCGUUGCUUAAAACUAUUACACAUGAGCUAUAAGCAAUUGCCGAUUCAUUUGAAACCAUGUUUUCUCUAUAUGGGAGUUUUUCACGAAGAUGAGGAGAUUUUUAUCUCAAAGCUUGUGAAAUUGUGGGUGGCUGAAGGAUUUUUGAAGCCAGUAAGUGGGAAGAGUUUGGAUGAGACAGCAGAAUUGUACUUAAAGGAUCUUAUUGAUAGAAAUCUAGUUUUGAGUCAUGAGUUGGAUAGUAUUGGAAGCUUAAAAAAAUGCAAAAUUCAUGACUUGUUGAGAGACUUGUGCUUGAGAGAAGCUGAAAAAGAAAGGUUUUAUACACUUACUCCUCAAGGAAUAGCAAAUGCUGCCCAUCGCCGCAUUGUUAUUUCAAAGAAUGAAGAUAUAAACGCAUUGCCGUCUAUGUCAUCUGAACUAGUUCGUUCUUUGACAUUGAAGCUUGAUGACAAAGUACUACCCCCGCUGAGUUUGAGGUUGCUAAGGAUAUUGAACUCGUGUAAAUUUGGAUCUAUUGCAAGCGUACAACUGCUAGGAAGCCUAGAUUUAGUUAACUUGCGGUUCCUUGCCAUCUCUCCCCGAUCACGGAAUUUCAAAUUACCUUGUUCAAUCAGCCUAUUUUGGAAUUUACAAACAUUAGUUGUUGAAAACAUCUUUGAGAUUACUGAGGGAAUUGAUAUUUGGUGCAUGCCUCACAUCAGACAUGUUCAGUUCCGAAGCAUCCGUCUUUCAGAUCCUCCUAAAAGCGAAGAUGCCAUUGUUUUGGGAAGUCUGCAAACACUAAGGAGAGUAGAUGAUUUCAAGUGUAGCCAACAAGUAGUUAAGAGGAUUUCCAAUAUCAAAAGAUUGCAUAUAGUUUAUUGUCAGCAACUUGGUGAUCACAGUUUUUGUCUCAGCAAUCUUCAUUAUUUAGAUAAACUUGAGUACUUGGACUGCCGUUUUCAUUUCAAGGUGAAUCCAAGUGGGCCUAAUUCUCUAAAGAGAGAAAUUAACUUCCCACAUUCUCUCAAGAAGUUGACUCUACUAAUCAGUGAAGACCAAUGUUGGAAAGACAUGUUGGAUAAGAUAGGUGUGUUGCCCCUUCUUGAGAAGCUCAAGCUCAUACAGGGAUCCUUCAAAGAUGAGCGGUGGGAAACAACCGAGGGCCAUUUCCAGAGGCUCAAAUUCUUGCGUGUUCACUUCUGUAAGGGUCUACGAGUCUGGACAAUAGAAAGCUCGCAUUUUCCAUGCCUUGAGCACCUUGAUCUUAAUGGAAUAGUUGAGCUGAAUGAGAUCCCAUUAGAUUUUGCAGAAAUAUCCACACUUAGAGUGAUUGAUGUGUACCGCUGUAGCGAUUCUGCAGUUCGAUCUGCGAAAAGAAUAUUAGAGGAACAAGAGGAAUUAUACGGGGAAGAAGCCCUUCAAGUUCAAGUUACGCUCUCGAGCAUCAACAGCAAAGCACUGGAGAGCUUGGCGAGUCCUAACUUUCGUGUUACACACUUACAGAACUAAGGUGUAGUGGAUGCAAGAAGCAACGAAAUGGAUUCAUGUGCUCCUCUUCUCUCUUUCUUUUGAAUUCUCAUUGCCUUUUCAAUUCCAUUAGUAAGUAUAUUUGUUGGAUUAUUUGGCUAGUUUUCUUCAUAUUUAGUACUGUUGUCGAAUGUUGUUUUAGUUAAUCAUUUGAAUACUAGUUUUCAUUUUGUAAUAUAAAAUGUCAGUUCCAAUUUCUGGAGGUGUUUAAAAACGGAUCAAAGCAUGGUGUUUAAAAACAAUAUGUAUAGUGUUUUCCCUUUUUAAGUCUUUGACGCAAUAGAUCUAAUUCAUGUCCCCUAUUUUGUUAACCAGGUUGUUGAAGGUGGACUGGAGACACAUGACUUUAAAAACUUCAAGUUGAUUUGGGAAUAUGUUAGAGCUUCGCAGCUCAACUAUAGGAUGUUUGUAAACUUUUGGAGUGGAAUGGUUGAAUUAAGUGUAGAUUCUAAUGUCA